AUGACCGAACCUGGAAAGCUUCGAGAUCCAAAAAUGGGAUAUUUCGGUGCGGCGGCGAGUUACGGCGGCAACGGGGAGUCGAAACCGCAACUCCACCAGUGCGUGAUAGAUCUCCACGGCGGCGCCGACAACGAUGGAGGACCGGCAGGAAUUUCACAACAUGCAAACUCCAACUACUCCCUCUCCGCCGCCGAGAUGGAGUCUCUCGCUGCUCUCUGCGACACAUUCUUGCCGUCGGUCGCCGCCACCGACGGAUCCGCCUCUGAGUACUUUGAGACCUCCGCCUCCGCCGCCGGAACUCCCGAAAGGGUGGGAGGGAUGAUAAAGGAGAGAGUGAGGCAUCCAAAGAAAUGGUUGAUGAGAGUGAGCCUAUGGAUGUUAUCAACAUGGUAUGGUACAUACAUUUUAUGUGGGAAUGGAAGCCUUUCAAAUCAUUUCCCAUACUUCCAAAGGUUUUCAAAGGUUUCUCAGAGGGAAAGGGAACAAGUUGUGGUCUCAUGGUCUCUCAGCUAUUUCUUGCUACUCAGAAUGUUCUACAGAACUGUAAAGAUCCUUUGCCACCUUGCUUUCUUCACGCAGGUUGAUGAGGAGAUGAACAACAUAUCAUGGAAAGCAAUUGACUACCCGGGAAGCGACCCCCAAUUCAAAGCUAAAGCCAGGCAGUCAGAAGAAUGGAACCUGAAAGAAAAAGUCAGAUCAAGAGAAAUUGAGGAAGAAGAAGAGGAGCUUUACGGACCUCUUUUCAAAGGCAUUGUCAAUCUAGAACACCAACAAGUAGCUGUAGGAGCACUUAGAAAGUUUGGAUUUCCAGUCACUCUUCUUUCCCCAAGCACCAAAUCUCCCAGCCCUUCAAUGAUUAUCAAGUGCGACGCGGUGGUGGUCGGGUCUGGGUCGGGCGGCGGAGUGGUGGCUGGUGUGCUAGCUAGUGCAGGGUACAAAGUGGUUGUAUUAGAGAAAGGAAGCUAUUGUGCUAGAACAAACCUGUCACUCCUUGAAGGACCAGCCAUGGAAGAAAUGUACCUAUCAAGUGGGUUAGUGGCAACUGAUAACAUGAAUGUGCUUAUACUUGCAGGCUCUACUGUAGGUGGAGGUUCAACAGUCAAUUGGUCAGCUUCAAUUCAGACACCAAGCCAUGUAACCAGAGAAUGGUCGGAUGAGUAUGAAUUGGAGCUGUUCAGAAGCAAUUUGUAUAAAGAAGCAUUGGAAGUAGUCUGUAAGAGAAUGGGAGUUCAGUCAGAAAUUGAGAAUGAAGGCUUUAACAAUGCAGUUUUAAGAAAAGGGUGUGAGGAAUUGGGUUGUAAAGCUAUGAAUAUUCCUAGGAAUUCAGCUUCUGAUCAUUACUGUGGAUGGUGCUGUCUAGGCUGCAAGAAUGGGAGAAAGAAGGGCACUGCAGAGACAUGGCUUGUGGACUUGGUAAGGUCGGGAAAUGGCGCUAUACUACCGGGCUGCGAAGCCAUUAGAAUAACGCAGGAGAAGGACGGGCGCGAACGCAACAGAGCAAAAGGCGUUGCCUUUGAAUUUGAGUGUGGAUCAGGAGCCAAACAGAUGUGCUUGGUUGAGUCCAAGGUGACUAUUGUAGCAUGUGGGGCGCUCUGUACUCCUCCAUUGUUGAAAAGAAGCGGCUUGAGAAACCCCAAUAUUGGUAAAAACUUGCAUCUUCAUCCUGUGACAAUGGCGUGGGGUUAUUUCCCUGCAGAAACAGAUGAAUCAUGGCCAGAGAAAGACAAGAAAAGCUAUGAAGGAGGAAUAAUGACAGCCAUGUGUAACAUAGGGUCAUCACCUGAUCAAGAACCUGGAUAUGGAGGAGCUGUAAUCCAGACACCAGCAUUGCACCCAGGCCUCUUCUCAAUCUUAAUGCCAUGGGUAUCUGGAACAAAUAUCAAACAAAGAAUGUGCAAAUUUUCCAGGACAGCUCAUGUAUUUGCAUUGGCAAGAGACAAAGGGUCAGGAACAGUAGAAUCUUCAAGCUCAUUAAGCUACAUAAUGGAUGAUGGGGACGAAAAGAAUCUACAGAAAGGACUGGAGAAGGCUUUAAAGAUUUUGGGAGCAGCUGGGGCAGAGGAAAUAGGAACACACCAUAACAAGGGAAGAAGCAUAAAUGUGAAGAAAGUGAGUUACAGAGAGUACGAAAGGUUUGUGAAAGAGGAAAGUUCAAGGCCAUUGAAGGAUUUGUUGACGCCAAUCUGUUCAGCUCAUCAAAUGGGAAGCUGCAGAAUGGGAAUUGGAGCAAAGGAUUCUGUGGUGAAUCAGAGAGGGGAGACAUGGGAGGUGGAAGGGCUCUUCAUUGCUGAUUCCAGUGUCUUUCCAACUGCUUUGGGAGUGAAUCCUAUGGUUACUGUUCAGGCUAUUGCUUAUUGUACUGCACAAUCUGUCCUUGAAACUCUUAAAAGGAAGAGAAAUUGAUGGAAACUUCAGGAUAACGUAACAAUGUUAGGUGCU